GAGCCGAAGAUGUCGGCUCAGUCAUGUGAUCAGCUGUGUCCAAUCACAGCUGAUCACAUGGGACAUCUACACUGAUCAUCAGGGCACUGAUGAUCAGUGUGCCCUGAUGAUCAGUGUAGCCCCAGCAGUGCCACCUGUCAGUGUCCAUCAGUGCUUUGUGUCAGUGCUCAUCAGUGCCUCGUGCUAGUGCCCAUCAGUGCCACAUAGUGCCACAUAUCAGUGCCUACCAGUGCACAUCAAUGCCACAUGUCAGUGCCCAUCUGAGCUGCCUUUCAGUGUCACCCAUCAAUGCCAGUCAGUGCCACCUAUCAAUGCCAAUCAGUGCCACCUAUCAGUGCUGCCAAUCAGUGCCACCUAUCAGUGCCAGUCAGUGCCGCCUAUCAAUGCACAUCAGUGCCGCCUAUCAGUGCCAGUCAGUGCUGCCUAACAGUGCCAGUCAGUGCUGCCUAUCAGUGCCAGUCAGUGCCAGUCAGUGCCGCCUAUCAGUGCCAGUCAGUGCCGCCUAACAGUGCCAGUCAGUGCCACCUAACAGUGCCAGUCAGUGCUGCCUAUCAGUGCCAGUCAGUGCCGCCUAUUAGUGCCAGUCAG